UAAGCUUGUGAGUACGUAGCCAUACAGCAAGAUAAGUUUCUUCCCUGGUCGUGCUGAGAGCCUGCGAGCGAGGCCGUGCGCCAUUCCGCGUCCAAACCGAUCUGCAAACUAGAAUCUAACACGAAAUCUGCAGCGAUGGUGGCGAAACAGAGAAUCCGCAUGGCGAACGAGAAGCACAGCAAGAACAUCACACAGAGAGGCAACGUCAAGACCUCGAAAAAUAACACAGAUGUCAAAGUCGCAGUGGGACCAUGGCUCCUGGCGCUCUUUGUUUUUGUGGUCUGUGGGUCAGCCAUAUUCCAGAUCAUUCAGAGCAUCCGAAUGGGAAUGUAAGAAGCUGUGCAGAUCCACUAUCCAACCAAGACUCGCCAUUCCAGAUUCCACUUCCUUCUCCUGACUUUGCAAUGGAGGGAUUUUUCUCAGCACCUUCUGCGGCUUCCAGUUAAUUGAAAUGAAUCGUGUUCCUUCUGUCAGAGGUGCAUCGACAUGUGAUUCCUUCUCUUGUGCCUUUUUUCAAUGAGAAAAUUCAUCCAGCCGUUAUCCACCAUGCAUUGUUUUGUCAGUGGGAGCAAAAUGUAAUAAAUACUGUAAGGUGUUACGUGACGUCUUAAUUUCUCAUACAUUCCUUUAGAUUCUGUUGUAAUUUUUUUCUCCAAAUGAAGGGGUUUGCUAUGUUCUAUACUUUGAUUCUUAUAUUUAACUGACCAAAUAGUGGGGCACUUUGCACAAGUUUGAACUUCAAUUGAAAUACAACGCUGAGCUCAAUUCACUAGAAAAAUGAACGCCUCUGACAGUGUCUUGCAGCUAUAAUUUCUUUGACCACUAAUUAUUUUUCUUUACCUUUUAUUUUUUGUGAUUUUUGGCUUCUAACAGUAUUUCUGAUCACUGCCUUUGUGUAUUCCAGUUCUUACCAGCUGCAGUGUUUGGCUACCUAUGGGCUUUGUCUCAUUUACAGUUCUCAGGCACAUUUUGCUGUCUAGUAUUUCUAGGGGGCCUGGGUGGGUGCUUGUAAUGGACCCUGGGGUCAAAUGAAAAUAAAAUGUCAUUCUGCC